ACUCAUGUGUCUUUGUCCCAACAGUUUACAGAAGAGAAACUUGGACAGGCAGAGAAAACAGAGCUAGAUGCCCACCUCGAGAAUCUUCUUGCCAAGGCUGAAAGCACAAAAGUAUGGACUGAAAAAAUUAUGAAGCAGACAGAAGUCUUAUUACAGCCAAAUCCAAAUGCCAGGAUAGAAGAGUUUGUCUAUGAGAAGCUUGACAGAAAAGCUCCAAGUCGCUUGAAUAAUCAGGAGCAGCUGGCCCAGUACUUGAUUGAUGCAGGGAACGAAUUUGGUCCAGGAGCAGCAUACGGAAAUGCUCUCAUUAAAUGUGGAGAAACGCAGAGACGAAUAGGAGGAGCUCACCGGGAACUUGUACAGACUGGAGCAAUUAACUUUCUCACUCCCUUAAGGAAUUUUAUAGAAGGAGAUUAUAAAACAAUAUCUAAAGAACGGAAAUUGUUGCAGAAUAAAAGACUGGAUUUAGACGCUGCAAAGACCCGUCUGAAAAAAGCCAGGGUUGCAGAAGCCAGGGCUUCAGCUGAACAGGAACUCCGGAUAACACAAAGUGAAUUUGACCGCCAAGCUGAGAUUACUAGAUUACUUCUAGAAGGCAUAAGCAGUACACAUGCACAUCAUCUGCGUUGUCUGAAUGACUUUGUGGAAGCCCAGAUGACCUAUUUUGCACAGUGUUAUCAGUAUAUGCUGGACCUUCAGAAGCAACUUGGCAGCUUUCCAUCAACUUUUGUAUCCAACAAUAAUCAGUCGCCCUUAACGCCUAUGCAAAGUGUUCCUCUGCCGUCAGUCUCUGCCUCCGCUCCAUUACCCGCUGCAAGCAAUUCUGUUGUCACAUCAGGCUUCAGUGAGCUGAAAGCAACAAGUGGCAGCAGAAAGGCCAGAGUUCUGUAUGACUAUGAUGCUGCCAACAGCAGUGAACUAUCACUUCUUGCAGAUGAGGUCAUAACUGUGUAUAGCAUGCCUGGGAUGGAUUCUGAUUGGCUGAUGGGAGAGCGGUGUAACCAGAAAGGCAAAGUGCCAAUUACCUACCUAGAGCUACUUAACUAA